GUAUUAAUAGAAAUUUACUUUUCUGUAACUGCUACUAAGUCCCAUGCUCAAUCAAAAAACGUAAAUAUUAAAAAUAUCAAAGCUUUUUUCUAUUGAUGAAUGCUUUUAGGUUUGAAAUCUUUUAACGAGGAGUUUUUUAAAAAGUUCUACAAUCAGUUUAUAUAUAUAAUUCUGUUAAAAUUUGAGUGGUGGGGUGUACUUAUAAAAAAUAAAAUAAAGAAAGGGAAAUUUGAAUUUCUAUGCAUUUUUUAUACCCAAAUUAAUUAUCUAAACUAAUACUUAUAACUCUUGAAAAACUAGGACUAUUUUUACCUAAACCCCAAAAUACCCCCCUCAUUAUUCUCAACCAUUUCUCUCUCUUCCUCCUUUCUCUCUCAAAUCAAACCCAUUCUGAAAUCUGAAGAAAAAAAAAAAAAACCAGUUCCGUCCCACAUUAUUUUGAAUAUGGGUAGGGAAAUUUGAAUUUGUAUGCUUAAUAAAUAAUAAAAUUUGAAUCCUAAUACAAUACUAAACAUAAUUUGUAAAGUGGGAUACAUUUUCCCUAAAUCCCAAUUUUACCCCUCUCAUUUCAAAAUUCUCUCUCUCUCUUCGUCCCCUAUUCUCUCAAACCGAACCCUCUCCAACUCGCAACCCUAACCCCUUCAUCAACCGACGGUGACAGCGCAGCCCAUUCCUCAACCGACGGUGACGGCGCAGCCCCUUCCUUGACCGACGGUGACGGCGCAGCAGAGGACCGACGGUGACGGCGCAGCAAAAAAAUGGCCAAGUCUUCCAAAGUUCCACGACUUUUACUGCCAGUGUCUGAACAUUACACUGGUCGUGUUACUUGGCGGGGCGGUAGUUACUAUUACCCCAAAGUAAAAGCCAAGUUUGUACAAAUGCAGUUGUUGGAAAGGGUGAAGGAGGAAUCCCCUUUCAACAAUUUUUUUGAGAGAGAGCCAUUAGCGUUUUCAGGUGCUCUUAUCCAUCAGCUCUUCAUGCAUAAGAUAAAAUCAGAUAAAGAUGAUGAGGUGCAUUUUUAUAUUGCAAAGAAGAGAUGCCGAUUCGGCCGAACUGAGUUUGCCUUGGUGACUGGGCUUAAUUUGUUACGUGGACCGACUGAGGCUGAGGUUUCGGAGAGGGCGACGUCAGACCGUUUGAUAGUAGAAUAUUUUAAUGGGGAUCCAUCUAUCGACGUGGUCGUACGCGCAGCGUCUUUGAGAGUUGCACCGAGAAGGAUGAUUGUUACAAGUUGGGUUUGGUCUUUGUUCGUGAUGGGUGUUACGGCGGGAAAGAAGAGAAGACCUUGGUUCCCCCAUUUAUCAUUAGAAUGGUUGAGGACCUCCCUUUUUUCUACAAUUACCCGUGGGGGAAAAUUUCUUUCAACUUGUUGA